AGAAUGCAAAAUAGUAUUUACUCUUUUUUUUUUUAUAACUUAUUGAGGAAAGUUAUUUUCAACCUAGUUUUUUGUAUCUAAAUUUUUACAAUUAUUUACAAUUUUUGUAUUUUCAACGUAGUUAAGUCAUAAAAAAACUAACGACAGCAUUAAAAAGAAAACCCACUUAAAACGACAACGUUCGAAGAGAGUAGUACGUCGUUUUCGUGAUGGCCCCUUUGUAUCCAGCAGCAAUAUCAUAAUGAUGUAAAUAAUGAUGCUAUUUUCGGCAGUCACUUCCAUUGUACUUAGAUCAUCAGCUUCCACAGCCUUCGCCGUUGCAGCUAGCUCCAGAGGACGUUUGUUUUCACCUUUUAUAGGUCAAUUCUCGGUUCGCGCUAUGGCCGACUCUGCAGCAUCUCCCUCUCCCUUCAAAAAAAUUCAGAUUCAGAGAGAUGACACUACAUUUGAUGCAUAUGUGGUUGGCAAAGAUGAUGCUCCUGGAAUAGUUGUACUUCAAGAAUGGUGGGGUGUGGAUUUUGAAGUGAAGAACCAUGCCGUGAAAAUUUCGCAACUUGGCCAGGGAUUCAAAGCACUUAUUCCAGAUCUGUAUCGAGGAAAGGUAUGUUUGGAUGUUGCUGAAGCACAACACACAAUGGAUGGUCUUGAUUGGCAAGGUGCCGUAAAGGAUAUCCGUGCUUCUGUAAACUGGCUAAAGGCAAAUGGUUCAAAGAAGGCUGGUGUUACUGGAUUUUGCAUGGGUGGUGCUCUCUCUAUUGCCAGUUCUGUUUUGGUCCCUGAGGUUGAUGCUGUUGUAGCAUUUUAUGGAGUUCCUUCAUCAGAGCUUGCAGAUCCUACCCAAGCUAAAGCUCCUGUUCAAGGUCAUUUUGGAGAGCUUGAUAAUUUCGUUGGUUUUUCAGAUGUGACGGCUGCUAAAUCUUUGGAGGAGAAACUGAAAGCUGCUGGUGUCCCACAUGAGGUACACAUUUAUCCAGGCAAUGCACAUGCUUUCAUGAAUAGGUCCCCAGAAGGUGUGCAGAGGAGAAAGAGCAUGGGGAUGGCAGAUGAAGACGAAGCUGCAGCUCAGCUCGCUUGGUCCCGUUUCCAAUCAUGGAUGACAAAGUACUUAUCUGCUUAAAUGGUUUACAAGUUCCAUAUAAUAAUUUAAUGUUUGAUUGUGGUUUGUGGCCUAAAAUAAGUUGCUUAGAACUCUGAUCAGACGUUUUUUAAUGCAACUAUUAGAACUCUGUCCUGCGUGUAGUAGGUAGUUUGUUAUUUGGUGAAUAUAUGAAGCUGCUGUUAUGAUUCUAA